GGCGGCAGGGCGGCCAUGACUGCGGAGCAGGCGCUGCCCCUGGGCAACGGGAAGGCGGCCGAAGAGGCGCGGGGGUCCGAGGCACUGGGUGGCGGCGGCGGGGGCGCGGCGGGGACGCGCGAGGCGCGCGACAAGGCUGUCCACGAGCGCGGCCACUGGAACAACAAGGUGGAGUUCGUGCUGAGCGUAGCGGGCGAGAUCAUCGGGCUAGGCAACGUGUGGCGCUUCCCCUACCUGUGCUACAAAAACGGUGGAGGGGCGUUCCUGAUACCCUAUGUGGUGUUUUUCAUCUGCUGUGGAAUCCCUGUCUUCUUCCUGGAAACAGCUCUGGGGCAGUUCACAAGUGAAGGUGGCAUUACCUGCUGGAGGAGAGUCUGCCCUUUGUUUGAAGGCAUUGGCUACGCAACACAGGUGAUCGAGGCUCACCUCAAUGUCUAUUACAUCAUCAUCCUGGCAUGGGCCAUCUUCUACCUAAGCAAUUGCUUCACCACCGAGCUCCCCUGGGCCACCUGUGGGCAUGAGUGGAACACAGAGAAAUGUGUGGAGUUCCAGAAGCUGAAUGUCAGCAACUACAGUCACGUGUCCCUGCAGAAUGCCACCUCCCCGGUCAUGGAAUUCUGGGAACGCCGGGUCCUAGCUAUAUCUGAUGGUAUCGAGCACAUUGGGAACCUCCGUUGGGAGCUGGCAUUGUGUCUCCUGGCGGCCUGGACCAUCUGCUACUUCUGCAUCUGGAAGGGUACCAAGUCGACUGGGAAGGUUGUGUAUGUCACUGCAACCUUCCCCUACAUCAUGCUGUUGAUCCUCCUAAUCCGAGGUGUCACGUUGCCAGGCGCCUCUGAAGGCAUCAAGUUCUACCUGUACCCUGACCUCUCCCGGCUCUCUGAUCCACAGGUAUGGGUGGACGCUGGGACACAGAUCUUUUUCUCCUACGCCAUCUGCCUGGGUUGCCUGACCGCUCUGGGGAGUUACAACAACUAUAACAACAACUGCUACAGGGACUGUAUCAUGCUCUGCUGUCUGAACAGCGGCACCAGUUUCGUGGCUGGGUUCGCCAUCUUCUCAGUCCUGGGCUUCAUGGCAUAUGAGCAGGGAGUGCCUAUUGCUGAGGUGGCAGAGUCAGGUCCUGGACUGGCUUUCAUCGCCUACCCCAAGGCUGUCACCAUGAUGCCCCUCUCCCCAUUGUGGGCUACCUUGUUCUUCAUGAUGCUCAUCUUCCUGGGCCUGGACAGCCAGUUCGUGUGUGUGGAGAGCCUUGUGACUGCUGUGGUUGACAUGUACCCCAAGGUCUUCCGGCGGGGCUACCGGCGAGAACUGCUCAUCCUGGCCCUGUCCAUUAUCUCUUAUUUCCUAGGCCUGGUGAUGUUGACAGAGGGAGGCAUGUACAUCUUCCAGCUUUUUGACUCCUACGCUGCCAGUGGCAUGUGCUUGCUCUUCGUGGCCAUCUUUGAGUGUGUCUGCAUUGGCUGGGUAUAUGGAAGCAACCGGUUCUAUGACAACAUCGAGGACAUGAUUGGCUACCGACCACUGUCACUUAUCAAAUGGUGCUGGAAAGUUGUGACCCCUGGGAUCUGCGCGGGCAUCUUCAUCUUCUUCCUGGUCAAGUACAAGCCCCUCAAGUACAACAAUGUGUACACAUACCCAGCUUGGGGCUACGGCAUCGGUUGGCUCAUGGCCCUAUCCUCCAUGCUAUGCAUCCCACUCUGGAUCUUCAUCAAGAUGUGGAAGACAGAGGGCACCCUGCCUGAGAAAUUACAGAAGUUGACAGUCCCCAGCGCUGAUCUGAAAAUGCGGGGCAAGCUUGGGGCCAGCCCACGGACGGUGACCGUUAAUGACUGUGAGGCCAAGGUCAAGGGUGACGGCACCAUCUCUGCCAUCACAGAGAAGGAGACACACUUCUGAUUCCCCACCAGCCAGUUGGAUCCUUCUCCACCAUUCCUUCCGUGCUUGUAAAUGAAUCCUGAACCUUGUACUUCACCUAAUGUUAGGGGCUUGCUCGUCUGCACAGGACUAUUAACAAGUUAACUCCCAGCCGGCCACUGUGUGCCCUGUACCCUUGCCUCACUCCUGUGAUCACGGGUGUAUCCACCUUACCAAGAUAAUUCUGUACAGUGACUAGCAGAUCCUGGCCUAGGGUGGCUCAACCCAUGUUUUCUAGAGUCCUUGUAUUAUAUUGUCAACCUUUAUGCUGUGGGCAGGUGGAGUAAGGGAAUGGUUCCUAUCCACCUCUGGUUUUUAGUCAUUCCUGACUUUGUCUCUGAGUUUCUCUGGCCACCCUCCUCUGUAGCCUAGGGACAGUUUGUUUUGUUCUGUUAUUUUCUUUUUUGUCUUCCCCAUUUCCAAUGGCAGGACUUCCACAUGUCAAAGUUGCAAGACGUUGAAGAAAACAGCCCACCAUCCUCAGGGCUCCUGAGUAAUCAGGAGUGGACAACUGUCUCAUCCAGUGACUAUAACUACUCCCUUUUUUCCCUGUGGCUCAAUUUCGCCAUCUUCCAGAUUAAGGGAAGGAAUAGAGUGGAGUCUUCCCCUUGAAGCAGGGAAAGAUUCCUUGCCUCACUGCCUUGAACGGCUGCUUUGAUCUUGAUCUGCAGAGACUUGCAGGCCUCUUCUCUGGCCCUCUUUGCUAUGACCACCCCACCCCCAACUCAAACUCCACACACACACAAACUAUGUUGGGAAAGUUUGUUUCCCUAACAAAUGGAGUUUUACUUGGCCCUGAUCCCUGGAGACCAGCCUAUCCCCAGAACCCGUGGCAGGGGUCCCACCAUCCGUGUAGCCUUCUUGGCUAUCAAUCUGUCCCUCCUUCUUAGGUAGGGAUGGUUAGAAGGCAACCACCUCUUCUUGCAGCUGCUUGGCCAGGAUCUGGGGCUUAGGAUCUAUGGCCAUCCCUGCAGGGGAGCUACAGUGAGGCCUAGGGCUGGAUUCUACCCACAGACCCUCCUUAUACAACCCCUUCUCUCCUCUUGUCCCCUGCCCUAUUCUUUACCUUCCUGCCACCCCCUGCAGAUCCUGCGGGCAGACAUCUUAUUCUGGAGCUGUCCCAUCUGCCUGGGUGUGAGGAGCCUUCACUUACCAGAGGGAGGAACUGGGCGCCCAUCCCUCAGGCUUUUCCUUGAAAAUGGAGAGCAGAUGUGGUCCCCAGGGGGAGACUGGUGCUGUGUCCUCCUUCCUGGCUCAGACCUCUUGUACUGACCUCUCUCUUCCUCAUCUGCUGGGUUUUCCAGCUGCUUUGUUUGCCCAGCUAUUGGGGGAUGAGAUAUGGAGGGAGGGGUGUCCUUUCCCUCUUCCUGUAGUUUCCUGCAUUUGUCUAGUGGAAAGGUGAGGUUUCUUCAAACUAAGGCUCCGGUGUCCUGUCAAAGACAUGAGUGCUCCAUUUCCACAAAGCUUCUCGACUCUUGGCCAUUCUGCCCAGCACCCCACACCUCUUCCUAAAACCUGAGAUGGCUGAGCCAGUGCCCAGCAUUCCCCCAGCUAACUGGGCACUUGUCCAAGGCACCCUCCCCCAGUGGCUAACAAACAGGCCAGGAAUUCUUUCUGGGAAGGCCAGCAUCAUACUGAAGAUGACCUGUGGGACUGGUUCUCAACUACUGUCCCCCACCACCCCUGAGGAGGGAGGCCGCCCAUUGCUGCUAUUGCUCCUCACCAACUCCCUCAUGGACAGAUAGAUGGACAGAUCCCUAAUGCCUGUCACAGACACACGUGUUGUACAUGUGGCCCUUAACACUUGACACUCUUAACACUACUCAUGGGUUAGGAUAGAGGGAGGCUUGUGGUUUGGGGGUUAUAUUUUUGUUUUGUUUUGUUUUGUAAUUUCAUACUAGUAUUUGGGUAACUGUAGGGAGGAGGGGAGGGAAAGAGGGAGCAAGGGGACAUGUCAUUGUGACAACUUUUUUGAUAUUCAUUAGAAAUGAUACAAUAUAUCCUUUCUGAGAUAUUUACAGUAUUAUUAAAAAUGAAAAGGGUUGGACUGUUUUACAUAACAAACUUUUUAUUGGUAACCCAAAGAGCACAAGAUUGUCUGUCUGCUCCUUUUUAAAAAUUAAAAGACGUGGAUCAAC